AUGAUCGAAGAUCUGGCUAGGCAUUCUAACACCACAUUUACCAGAGACGAGAAGGAGGUCGAUGCGGCGAUGAGAUCCCCGUACCUCGAAGAGAUUGGAGACGCGUACAAGAUCAGAAAGGGUAGGCACGGGGUCAGAAUCGAUAGAGCCUACCAGUGCGGUGUCGCCGUCUACCAGCUGGCCAAGUUGCGCAUGCUCGAAUUCUACUACGACUUCCUGGACAAGUACGUAGACCGUGCUGAGGGUCUGAGGCGAGAUACCGAGGCAGUCCUUAUCAUCAAGGACUCCAUGCCGAUUUGGGAAUCCUCGUGUACUCAGCCUUUGGAAAAUUCCUAG